AUGGUCAGACUCGAGGAUUUGACUGUCGGUACCGUCGCCGGUAUCAUCGCCGCUGGCGUGUUUGUCGCGCAGCUUAUCCUUCCCAUGCUGGUUAUACUCAUUCUUGUUGGACUCUUGAGAAACGAGAACAGCGCUGCAACAUGGUCGGUAGUCGGCCGCGCUCUGCAUUCUUCGCAUUGGCCUACCAUCUUAAGAACGGACACUGCAAGCGCCAAGGGCGUUCGAGGAAGCGUUCGCUUUAUUGCAUUGCUCCAGCUCCUCCUUGUCCUGCUCGUUUCGAUCGCGUCAAUCGUCACGCCUCUUGGGCUAUACGAGUCCGUCCUUGCAGGAAAUGGAGCCGAGGAGGUUCCUUUCAAUUACGCCAAAGAUGAGACAACCAUAGGUCUUGGCACUCUCCCCCGAAACAACGCCUUGGGCUUCUCGCGAUGGUGUUGGGAUUUUGUUCCAAAAGUUUGCCCGUUUUCCGAAACGAUAAUCGAAGAGACCAGGAAUGCGACCAAUUACCAGGGCCAACUACCUUUGGGAUAUGAUGACCGCAUUCCCAAGAAUUAUACAGAGAUCUAUAGCGCUGGCGUCUCCAAACUAGGCCGGACUGUGUCGAGCAUCUUUGAUAUUCAGUGGAGAACGUAUAAAACCAUACCAGAGAACGAAUACGGAUGGAAGGGCAACACUACGCGCAUAGUUGGGGACUAUCGACACCUCUCCCAAAUGGUGCUGAAUGAUAGAUGGGAUGUUGUUGACGGCCUAGUGGUGGAUACAAAGACUGGGGGGAUUGGAUUUCGCAACCACACGGUACCUACGCCUACACCGUAUGGCAGCGCGUGGGAAGAAGACAUCUUGUUCAUUGACCCGGAGACCGCAUGCGUCGACCUGAACAUCACACUGGAUUUCGCCCUUCAGGAUCCAGACGAAAUCUAUGUUGACUACUUGGUACUUACUGACCGGGGCGGAUUUGCCGACAUGAACAAGGCCAUGCCGUGGUUCGAUGCAAAUAAAACAUGGGAGAAUGCAGACCUCAAAGGACGUGCGAAGCUCGCCGGCUGGCUAGCCAACGCAUUGACAAUGGUAUAUCUCAACGUCACGAACCCGAAGAGUGAGCGCUAUACCAAGGCAUUCCAAUAUUUGGAAUCGGAAGUCAACAAGACCUUCCCACUUGAGACGAAGGGUUUGGGGUCUUUCAGACCUCGACACGACCAAUUGAUGUUGAAAGAGACAUACGGCGACUUUCUAAAUCUUUCAACCGCUUUAAAUGGCAGUCUUCUUGGUGGCAACACGUCCUAUCCGAACCCCUUCAAAAUCAGCACCGCCAACUUUUCGGAGAUCGCUAUCGAGUGCUCCAAUGCCAACCCCAGAUCCUAUUCUAACAUGUCGAACAUCGCUGUCGGUUGCGGUAUGUUGCUUGGCGCAGCUAGACGAAAGGACGGAACCUCUUCCCUUUUUUUCGACCCGGGGAGUGAAUGGACCGUCCCUCUGUAUUCUUGUGCGACUGCGGCGAAGGCUACCAUCAAGACGGUAUCUUUCCGUUACAAUGGAACCGCAGGCCUGUCAUCUCUGAAAAUCGAUGACAUCAGACCAAAGCAGUAUGCUAAGGACGAGGACAAGCCUCUGUGGGCAGUAGAGAAAUCCGCCUUGCGACUAAACUACGCUAAUCCGGUAUGGGGUAUCACAAUUCCGGAACACGCCAAUCACCCAAACAUAACGACAGCGCGACAGGAGCACCUCUACCUCCCAGGAUAUGUGGAUCCAUCAGACAUUGGGGCACCCACCAACGGCGCCCAAAAUCUGCCAGGCGUCGAUUUCUAUUCGCGGAUCAUAGGUUUCAUAUACGAAUUUGAUACAGUAGAUGUGUCCGCGUCGUGGGGCAUUCCGGACUACACUGGACGAUCGAACAUGGCUCUCUACAAUAAAUGGCAACAGCUCUCCCGCAACCCCGAAGACGCAGCUAGAAUCAUCAACCUCAUCUGGACGGACAUCAGCGCCAAUGCCGUCGUUGGUACAAAAGGCCACUUACCUUCCCCACCGCUGCAGAAUCUGGCAAAACGCGACGAACCUCAAUCAUCCGUCAUGGUGCCUGUCAAGCUGUACACGCGACGGAUUCAGUUCAAACUCGUCUACGGUAUACCCGCGUUUCUGGCUCUGGCUGUCGGAGCAGCGAUCUUCGCCAUGGCGUUGGUGUUUGUGUGUAUUGGGAGGGCCGGGCCGGCACGCUUGCGACGGUAUCUGGAUCAGACGUCCGCUGGGCGCAUCUUCACCACCUUCCUGUAUCCGAACGAUUGUCCACCUGGAGCACCAAAGGCCACGUGGGAGAAUCUCGUUGGGGCAAAGCACAUCGACGUGAGUGGCCAGGUUCCCAGGCGGGUGGGUCCAGCGUCCGGACCAGCAGAGGUUGGGGUAACCGGUGCUCCUGCGGGAAAUAUUGCGUACGAAAAAUUGGAUCAGGCGGCGAUCAGUCUGCAUAGCUUGCCGUCGCCGCAACCGUACUCUCCUGUGAAUGGAGGGGGAGGGUCGGCUCAGGAGUAUUUCAAUGGUGGUGGUGGGCAGCAGUAUACGUAUGUGCCUCAGGCGUCGGCGACGUUGCACCCGCAUGGGGGUGGCUAUACAGGGUUUAGGUCCGGCGCGGCUUCUCCUGGACCGGCGGCGUAG